AAUAAAAAAAAGAAUAAAAAAAGAAAGAGAAGAAGCAAAGGAAAGGAGAGUGUGGAAGGAUCGGAACACCGCUUUUUCUGCAAAAUUCUGCAGAGAUUGUACGACGGACGUACGGACGCGAUAUUGCUAGGGCUUUUUCGAGCUUUCUUCGUCGCCUUCAAUGGAGUCCUGGGGUUUUCACGACGGCCAUAUCCACAAUUUGCUUCAGAGACGAUACGUCGAUGGCAGCCGACAGGAUGUAAAUCGUAGUUUGCAGAUUCACUCUUCAUUGAUACGAAGGCUUUCUCAGGAAAGAGAAUUGGAGGGGCAUCAAGGUUGUGUUAAUGCAAUUUCUUGGAAUUCCAGCGGUUCACUUAUGAUAUCUGGGUCAGAUGACACACGGAUCAACAUAUGGAGCUACUCUAAAAGGAACCUUUUGCAUUCUAUAGACACUGGGCACUGUGCAAACAUAUUUUGUGCAAAAUUCAUCCCUGAAACUGGUGACGAACUUGUGGUCUCUGGAGCAGGAGAUGCAGAAGUUCGGCUGUUUAAUUUGUCACGAUUAAGCGGGAGAGGAUCUAACAGCAAUGCUAUUUCUCCAUCAGCUCUGUAUCAAUGCCACACAAGAAGAGUGAAAAAAUUAGCGGUUGAAGUUGGAAAUCCAAAUGUUGUAUGGAGUGCAAGUGAAGAUGGGACUUUGAGGCAGCAUGAUCUUCGUGAAGGCACUUCAUGUCGUCCUGCUGGGUCUUCUCACCAAGAAUGUCAAAAUAUUUUACUUGAUUUGCGAUGUGAAGCAAAGAGGUCUCUAGCUGAUCCUCCCAGACAAACUCUUGCUCUGAAAUCUUGUGAUAUCAGUGCCUCUAGGCCACAUUUGCUCCUAGUUGGUGGAAGUGAUUCUUUUGCACGGUUAUAUGACAGAAGGAUGCUGCCACCGCUGUCCUCCAGUCAGAAAAGAAUGUCACCUCCUCCUUGUGUUAACUAUUUCUGUCCAAUGCAUCUUUCUGAUCGUGGACAUUCAAGUUUGCAUCUAACGCAUGUUACAUUUAGUCCAGACGGAGAAGAAGUUCUUCUUAGUUACAGUGGGGAGCAUGUCUAUUUGAUGGAUGUCAAUCAUGCCGGUGGCAGUUCUAUGCAGUAUACCCCAGCAGAUGUUUCUCUGUUAACGAGCUUCACACCUGUACUAAAUAGAGUGGAACCACCAUCUAAUGUCUUCCAGAAUGAUCAUUCUAAGGAAAGAAUUACUACUCUUGACAAGUGCAAGAAGCUAAUCCAAAUUGCUCAAAGAUCCUUGGAGGAGGGAACAAAUUACUUUUACGGUAUUGAGGCCUGCAAUGAAGUAUUGGAUGGAUGUGGUCGUUAUAUUGGGCCUUCAAUGAAGCAUGAAUGUCUCUGUACGCGUGCAGCGUUGCUGCUUAAGCGGAAGUGGAAAAAUGAUGUCCAUAUGGCUAUUAGAGACUGCUAUAAUGCUCGUAGAUUUGAUAGCUCCUCUUUUAAGGCGCAUUACUAUAUGUCUGAAGCUUUAUCUCAGUUGGGCAAGCAUAAAGAAGCUCUAGAUUUUGCCUAUGCGGCUCAACUUUUGGCCCCUUCCAAUUGUGAUGUUACAGAAAGAGUUGAGAGUGUAAAAAAGGACCUUGCUGCAGGUGAAGCUGAAAUAAAUAAUAAGGCAGAUGAUGGAGCAUCAAGGUCUGAAUCUCGAGGUGGAAGAGUACCAUUAUUGGGUGACAUACUUUAUCGGGUGGAUGCUAAUAGUGAUGCUUCACAAGACGGUCCGAGAUCUGAAAGAGAGGAUUCUGAUUAUGAUGAGGAAUUGGAAGUGGACUUUGAAACAUCAAUGUCAGGUGACGAGGAGCAUGAUGCUGAGCCCAAUAUUCUACAUGGAAGUUUAAAUCUAAGGAUCCAUCGAAAAAGUGAUUCAGCUAGAGAAAUUGGUGCAAAUGACUCGUGUGGAUCUCCUUCAUCAUCAUCACAUAAUGAAAGAACACCUUAUAAGCCUGCUGUAGUUAUUGAUAUGAAGCAAAGAUAUAUUGGCCACUGUAACGUUGGAACUGACAUAAAACAGGCCAAUUUUCUGGGUCAAAAAGGUGAAUAUGUUGCUAGUGGAAGUGAUGAUGGUAGAUGGUUUAUCUGGGAGAAGCAAACUGGCAGAUUGAUAAAAAUGCUUCAUGGAGAUGAAGCUGUUGUCAACUGUGUGCAGUGUCACCCUUUUGAUUGUGUUGUGGCAACCAGUGGGAUCGAUAACACAAUAAAGAUAUGGACUCCAACUGCUUCUGUUCCAUCAACUGUAGCUGGGGGAGCAGCAGGACCUGAAACUGCUGACUUUUUAGUUGCCAUGGAAGCCAACCAACGCAGAUUAUGCCGCAAUCGUGAAGCUAUCCUGGGUUUUGAAAUUCUGGAGCGGUUCCGAGUACACGAGUUCACGGAAGGAAACUUGCAUCCUUUUGAGUGUGCUCAGAGUUAAUCAGCUUCUUGCUCAAGCUUGCAGAUUCAAUGUCUAAUACUGUGAAUGGAAGGAUUGCGGUAUUGUGUUACGAAAAGGCAAAGAAAGUUCACACAGAAGACCCCCCCUUUUUUUUUUGCCCUGAUUGGCCAUGUCUUUUGCCUUCGAAGAUCUUGGUCCAAAAUAUAGAGGAAUGAGUGAUCCGUGCGAUCGAGCU